GACCAUUUGACAUGUUCCUAAACCCUAAUCCCCAAUGCCACUGUUCACUCUUAUUUCCUCUCGCACCCUAUCUCUGAUUCGAGAAAUUUGUAAACCUUCGUUACGAAAAUUUCCCACUUUGUGAAGACGACGGCAUAUAUACUGAUCAUACAGUGCCAAUGAAUUUUGGGGAGGAGGAUGCAUCUUCGGGCUCUGGGGAUGAUGUGCAUAUGUUAGAUGGACACAAGCGUCAGGCUGGUGUGCCAUCAAGUUCCGGUCGUCGGAAGAGAAGUCGCAAAGCUACUGGGGAUGCUAUAGUGGACGCCAUGCUGGAAAUAGCAGCUGUUUCAAAGAUGAGAGCAAAUGCAAUUAUGAAGAAUGAGGACCGAUUCUCUAUAAGCAAAUGCAUCAAAAUAUUGGAUGAGAUGCAAGAUGCAUCAAUCAGCGUGGAUGACAUUGACUUAGAAUUGAAUGAGAUGGAGCUAGUUGCAGCAGCUGCCGGCUACUAUUAUUAUAACUGUAUAACCAAACAACCUCACCGUAGUUUAUCACCUAGAAGAUGUGGAUUUAUGACUGAAAUGCUGAAUGCGCAUGAUGACUUCAGUCGGGAAAUGUUGCGAAUGGACAAGCAUGUUUUCCACAAGUUGUGUGACAUUCUCCGACAAAGAUCCUUGUUGCGUGACACUGCUGGUGUGAUGAUAGAGGAGCAGUUGACAAUAUUCUUAAACAUCAUUGGUCAUAAUGAACGCAAUAGAGUGAUUCAAGAGCGGUUUCAGCACUCUGGUGAAACCAUUAGCCGACAUUUUAACAAUGUGUUGAAGGCUAUUAAGUCCUUGUCACGUGAAUUCUUGCAACCUCAUGACACCACCACAUCUUCAGAAAUUCUCAGUAGCCACAGAUUUUAUCCAUAUUUCAAGGAUUGUAUUGGAGUAAUUGAUGGCAUGCAUAUUCCUGCACAUGUCCCGGCCAAAGACCAGUCUCGAUUUCGUAAUAAGAAAGGUUUACUAUCUCAAAAUGUGCUGGCAGCUUGCACAUUUGACCUCCAAUUCAUAUUCAUUUAUCCUGGUUGGGAAGGAUCUGUUACUGAUUCGCGUGUGUUAAGGGCAGUUCUUGAUGACCCAGAUCAGAAUUUCCCCCAAGUUCCUGAAGGAAAAUAUUACCUUGUUGAUAUGGAAUACUCUAAUAUGGGAGGCUUUAUUGCUCCUUUUCAAGGGGUUCGGUACCAUCAUUAUGAGUACAGAGGUGCUAAUCAAUUACCCAGAAAUGCAAAGGAGCUAUUCAAUCACAGGCACUGUUGUCUGAGAAAUGCCAUAGCGAGGUCAUUUAAUGUGUUAAAAACCAGAUUUCCUAUUCUCAAGCUUGCUCCACAAUAUUCUUUUCAAGUUCAGAGGGACAUUGUGAUAGCUGCAUGUGUUCUGCAUAACUUCAUACGCCAGCAUGAAAGAAAUGAUUGGCUGUUUAGCACUGUCGGAGAAGCACCAGUGGAUGAGAUGUCAGAUGUUGAUGAACUUCCUGGUGUUCAAUUGAUUUCUUCAAUGGAAGAGCAACUUGCAUUCUCCAUAAGGGAUUCAAUGGCUACAGCCAUGUGGGAUGACUUCUUGAAUAAAUGGAAUGAGUGGUGACUCUUUGGGAGCACCAGAAGUAACGUGACUGAUAACUCAAACUUUUGGGUUUGUUGUGGAAGGCCGUCUAACUUAAUCAAGCCCUUUUUUAGUCACAAUAGAAAUGUAAUGGGUGUUUUUUUUUUUUUUUUGGGGGGGGGGGGGGGUGUCGGUUAAUAUCAGGCGAGUUUGAUGCAUCAGACUCAUGCUAUCAGUAAGUUAACUUCAGGGGGCACUCGCAUUAAAUUUCUAUUUGGUUAGAUAUGUAAUGCAUGGUGUCCAUGUUACGGCGAUCUUAAAGCCGUGAUGAGGAACCACACUUGGGAGAAUAGGGAUCUAGUGCUUUUUAUUUUUGCUCUUUUUGAUAAAUAGGAUCUACUAUGGUGAGAGCUUUGUAAGCAACCAGAGCUGGAUAUUUGACGUCAUUCUAGGGAAUGGGCCAAUUGUAAUUUAGUUUGGUUGUUAAAAAACAUAAGCUAUUGGACCUGUUUGGGAGGGUUUAAAAAAUCUCCUAUACGUAAGUAGAGACAAAAUUCUUUUUAUA